UGUUUCCGGAGAUUUUCGUAGAACCUCGAUUUAGAACCUUCUCUGACUGAUUUAAGAGUUCCUUGCUUUGUUUUGAAGUUGUCAAGUGCGUUACCUGCAUUGGUGUGAUGUCAUAUUGGAACUAUAUUUAAAUUGGAUAUUUCCUUCAAAUUAGGGCAGACAGCGUACGCUUAACACCUGAACGUGCCUAGUUCAAUCUAUUCAGAGACACUUCAGAAUACCAGCGAGAAUGAGGAGCGUCUUUGAUACUUGCCUUGUGUUAAUUUUUGCCAUAUCUGGGUAUUUUGGAACAAUAAAUUCCUAUGGAAUAUUCCGCAGCAAGUCUCGGACAAUGACCAAAUCUGGUUGUGUGUAUGAUGGACGUGUCGUUCUGGACGGUGAGACAAUAGCCAUUCCGGGGUCGUGUCAAACGCUGAAAUGUUACGGAAAUAAGUUCCAAAAAUCUAAUAAAGACUGUGCAACCAUUACAUCAGCUACAUUCAAAUGUCUGCCCGGAACAUCACAUACAGAUCAAAGCACGUGUGUCAAGUCCACAUGUUUUGUCGAUCACCAGGGAUACAGCAUGAAACAUACAAGAGGAUGCAAAAUCAACGGGAACUGCGUUUUUCCAUCAGACUUUAAGGAUGCGUUUGGUCUCCGAUUUUUGUGCCAUCACAUGAGAUGUACGAGAAAAGGUUUCGUCCGAUCACAGAAAAAGUCCUUGUGUUCCAGAGACGAUGUAUGUCGCACCACAAGGUGGAUCGAUGCAUACAAAUGUAUGGACUGAAAAAAGAUUAUCCUUUUAUCAAAAAUCCUGUAAAUAGUACCACUCUUUGUUUUUUACAGCUGAAAAUCCUGUAAAUAGUAGUUCUUGUUUGUGGUAGCUGCAAAAUCCUGUAAAUAGUAGUUCUUGUUUGUGACAGCUGCAAAAUCCUGUAAAUAGUGGUUCUUGUUUGUGGUAGCUGCAAAAUCCUGUAAAUAGUACCAGUUUUUGUUUGUGACAGCUGAAAAAUCCUGUAAAUAGUAGUUCUUGUUUGUGGUAGCUGCAAAAUCCUGUAAAUAGUGGUUCAUGUUUGUGACAGCUGAAAAGUCCUGUAAAUAGCACCAGUUUUUUGUGACAGCUGAAAAAUCCUGUGAAUAGUAGUUCUUGUUUGUGACAGCUGAAAAAUCCUGUAAAUAGUGGUUCUUGUCUCUGGUAGAUGUAAAAUCCUGUACAUAGUACUGGUUCUUGUUUGGUAGCUGUUGUUGUAGCAUUUAACAUGUUAUUUUCAAGAGAUAAAACAAAUUCAUCAUGUCGACGCUUUAUAUUUACUUGGGCUUAGAGAAGAUAUGUGUAUCUGUGAGUGUAGUUAGUUCUUGUAUCUGUGAAUGUAGUAACUUCCGGUUAAUAUAUACAUGUACUUUCUUUUACAUAAUCGAAUAAAAUUAUAUAAAUCUU